GCGUACCAGCCAGUUCCUUCAUAAUGUCUCAACUCAGGGAACCAAGAGGAAAUAGACACACAUUGUGGAAGUAACACAUAAAGGUCAUUAAAAGAAGUCCCUUAAUGACGUCAGGGCGCAAUCGGACGCCCUCCUCCCCCUGGGCGUUUCCCAGGAGCUUCGGGAGGAGGGGGUGGCGCGGAGCUGACGUCACUACCAAGCGUCCGGCGCGCUCCGUUGGCGGCGAAUUCAAACGUUCGGACUUGGGUCUCUGGACCUGAGGAAGCGUCAGAGGGGCCAGGUUCUCGGCGUUACCGGCGUGGCUUUGAGCUUGUGGCCCCUGCGGCGAAGAUCUCGGAAACAGAAGCGGCUGGUGGGUGAGAGGGAGAAUGGCGCUCUCGACCAUCGUCUCUCAGAGGAAGCAGAUAACGCGGAAGGCUCCCCGCGGCUUUCUAAAGCGCAUUUUUAAGCGGCAGAAGCCUCACCUUCGUCUAGAUCCAACGGCUGACUUACUGGUUCAUCUGAACUGUUUACUCUUUGUUCAUCGUUUAGCAGAAGAGGCCAGGAUAAAUGCUUGUGAGAAUAAGUGCAGAAUCCUUAACAAGGACCAUGUACUGGCUGCAGCAAAGGUAAUUCUAAAGAAGAGCAGAGGUUAGAAGUCAAAGAACACAUUUUUGUCCAGGAGAUUCUUGGCCAUUAUUUUUUCAAAUACAGCUUCUGCCCUAUUUCUCUCUUUUUUUCUGAGGUUCUGAUUGCAAAUUAUUAUUCCUGGACUUUUGAUAUUGGCCCACAUAUUUCUUAAAUGUUUCCAUUUACUCCUUUGUAUUUUUUCUGUGUCCUUCAGUUUGGAUAUUUCUGUUUUUUUUUUUUUUUUUAUCUUGGAGUUCAUGUGUUUUUACCUUUGGCUCUGUUUCACCUGCCCUUAAAUAUCUAAUGAGUUCUAUAUCAGAUAACAUUUUUAUAUUUCAUUACAUGCUCACACUUUAUUUUUCUUUAAAGAUUCCUAUUUUAUUAAAUUCUUAAUAUUUUUUAUGUCUUGCUUAUCCUUUUCUCUUUUCUUAGACACUUAUUUUUAGGUAGUUGUCAGCUAAUUCCAAUAUUUGUAUUAUUUGUUUGUUACUUGUUUUUUUCCUCUUAGUUUUUGGUCAUGCAGUCCUAUCUUUUGGCAUGCCUAAUAAGUUUUGGUCAAAUGAUGGCUCUUUCUCUAAAUAAAGAAAAAGAAAAAAAUUUUCCCCUGAGGGGUCAGUAUUUUCCCACUAUGCAGAGUGGGUGAUGGAUGAUUGCUUCAAUUUCAGUGACUGCCAAAUCAAGACUGAGUUGUAUUUCUACUCGACUCUUGUUUUCCCUUGGCCCUCUAAGUGUUUUAACUGGGAUAUUGAUAUAUUUCUCUGUGGCCCUCGUGGCAUGUACUGAAUGCUAAUCUUUAACACAGGAGAAUGCCAGAAAUUCUACUUUUCAGAGUCUUUUCACUUAGGCACAAAAAUUCUGAAGAAAAAAUGAUCUUAUAAUUGAAAGUCCUGUGUCUCCAUCUGAAGCUCUGUUAUAGCAGCCUAGAGUCUCAACCUCCUUCCUUCGCCCAGAAUUAACAAGUAUCUUCAUGGUUAAAUCAGCCGCAAUCAUCAAUUCACCUCUUAGAUUCUCCCCUAGGGUCUUCCCGUUUUUGUUGCCAUAGCAGAUCUCAGCUGUCAUCAAGUAGUGUUUUCUGUAAAUUAUCUAGCUUUUUAGUUUUCAGUGGGAACGCUGUUUGGCCAUAAUUUACUCUAACUAGGGUGCCCAAGCAUUCUAUUUGCCUGUUACAUUUUAGCACUCAAGAUUCUGCAUCCCAGGAAACCCCUCAGUAGUAGGCAAACUAGGACAUUUGGUCAUUGUAAUUUUAACCCAUCCAGAAACAGAAGUUAAUAAGUUAAUUUUAUAGGAGGUACUCUUA